UCUUCGCCUGGUCAUGUGACCUCCUACCCGGGUCUAUGAUAAAGCUAUCUCCAAAAUACUAGCACUUUAGCGCUAAAUUUCAGUGUUUUGAAUGUGAUAUGAGUCAGUCAGGCAUUGAACUGUUGUUAUGUUUAAGGUUUAUACCGAAACGCAGUUCUAGCAGGGAUUUUAACUGACCUGGGUGAACGAUUACAGAGUCGCAGAGGAACAUCUCACUCCGUCUGUCAACAUGAAGACCGACAUCCCCUAUAACCAGUUGGAUGCAGAGGGAAACAAGCAGGGGUCGUCCCAGAGAGCCCAGCUGUGCUACAGGUGUUUGGUCGCCCUGGCCUCAGUGGCCUGUGUGCUUCUCGCUGCUGUAGCCAUCUAUAACUUCCUGACCGCACCAGCCUCCUCCUACCAUCCUGCCCUCGUCUCCUCUGGCCUCCAGAAAAAGAUGGAGUCCUGUUCAGAUCCCUGCAAGAUUGUUCUGGUGGAGAGCAUCCCUGAGGGGCUGGAGUUUAACUCCUCCUCCACCAACCCCUCCAUCUUCCAGGCGUGGAUCAGUCUGAUGAGCGAGGCGCGCAGCAGCGUGGACAUCGCCUCCUUCUAUUGGACGCUUACUAACAAGGACACCAGCACUCAGGACCCCACAGCCUCUCAGGGGGAGGAGGUUUUGAAGAGACUGGCUGUACUCUCAGGGAAUCUUCACGUCCGAAUUGCUGUCGACUCGCAGGAAGGGAAACCGCAGGCUGAUCUCACACAGCUUGAGAAUUCAGGAGCCGACAUCAGAAAAGUUGACAUGAGGAAUCUCACCUCAGGGGUUCUUCACACCAAGUUCUGGGUCGUCGACAAGAAGCACAUUUACAUCGGCAGCGCCAACAUGGACUGGAGGUCGCUGACGCAGGUUAAGGAGCUGGGAGCCGUGGUCUAUAACUGCAGCUGCCUGGCUGCAGAUCUGGAGAAGAUCUUUGAAGCUUAUUGGUUCGUAGGGGGGAGCCAGUCCAUCCCGUCACCGUGGCCUUCCAACUUCAACACUCUGUACAACAAGGACACGCCCCUUCAGCUCCCGCUGAACAGCACGCCAUCCAGCGUUUAUCUCUCUAGUUCGCCUCCUUCCUUCUGCGCUACUGGCAGAACUCCAGAUCUUCAGUCCAUCCUCAGUGUGAUGGAGGACGCUGAGAGUUUCAUCUACAUCGCCGUCAUGAACUACCUGCCCACUACAGAGUUUACUCAUCCUAAAAGGUACUGGGCAGACAUCGACACCCAGCUGAGGCGUUCAGCGUACGAGAAAAAGGUUCGAGUGCGUCUGCUGAUCAGCUGCUGGCAGCACUCUCCUCCCGUCAUGCUUCCCUUCCUGAAGUCUCUGGCUUCGGUUCACGAUUCUAAAAACAAACUGGACAUCCAGGUGAGGCUGUUUGUGGUUCCUGCUGACCCAAGGCAGAAAAAGAUUCCCUUUGCAAGAGUGAACCACAACAAGUACAUGGUGACCGACAAAGUAGCUUACAUAGGGACGUCUAACUGGUCGGGGGACUAUUUUCUGAGCACGGCUGGUUCGGCGCUGGUCGUAAACCAGACGGAUUCCCAGUCAGCGGGCCCAACCGUCCAGUCCCAGCUGAAGGACAUCUUUGAACGGGACUGGCACUCGGCCUACAGCUCACCUGUCACACACAAUGCAAACCUUGAACUCUGUUAGUUUCUACAGCCAGCAUCACACUUUCAUAUCAGCACUCCUUUGCACAUGUACAGUGUUCAGAUUGUCGACACCUGUUGAAGAACAACUGCUCUAACAGGGGAUUCUGAAUCUGAUGCGGUGAAAGUAGUUUUUGAAAGUGCUUUUAACACCAAAUAGGGAAUAAGUGUGAAGGGAAAG